AUGCUUGCUGCAGAAAGGAGACAAGACAAAAUGACGGCAAAUUCAGAAGUCGUGGUCAGCGAAAAAUCGCAUAAGGUUCACAAUUUAGCAUUCGGUAAUCUGAGUUUCUCUAACGAAAGACCGGUCUUUGAGGACAAAAUGCUGGAGAGGCAGCAUAUCAAAGAGCAUAUGGCAGGUGCUUUUAGGAUUUUCGGUAGGAGAGGUUACAAUGAAGGGCCAGCCGGUCAUAUGUCGGUGAGAGAUCCUGUCGAUAAGCACACGUUUUGGAUUAAUCCUCUCGGAGUACAUUUUAGUGCCAUCAAAGUGUCAGAUUUGGUUCAUGUUGACGCUGACGGACAAAUUUUGUCUGAUGGGAAUCAAUCGCCUAUAAACGCGGCUGGGUUCAGAAUUCACGGUGAGCUCCAUAAGGCGAGGCCUGAUGUAAACGCAGCAUGCCAUGCCCAUACUGUGUAUGGUAAAGCAUGGGCUGCAUUUGGCAAGAAGCUAGAUAUGAUUAACCAGGAUGCCUGCAUUUUCUAUAACUGUCAUGCGGUCUACGAUAAUUUUGGAGGCGUCGUUUUUGAAGGAGAAGAAGGUAAAAGACUUGCCCAGGCCUUGGGAAAUAAUAAAGCUAUGAUCCUUCAAAACCACGGACUCUUGACCGUUGGGGAGACAAUUGAUGAAGCUGGAUACUUGUUUGACUUGUUAGAAAGAACGUGCCAGGUGCAGCUGCAGGUAGAGAUGGUAGCGAAAGCAUGUGGUUUCGACAAAAAGAUAAUUGGGGAAGACGAAGCCGCCUUUACCUAUUACAAUACAUCACAUCCGGCGGAAUUGUAUAGUGCAUUCCAAUCCGAUUAUAACUUGGAAGUUGAUCUUACUGGCAAGCAGUUUUUGCAAUAG